AUGUCGCAUAGUUACCACGAAGACAUGGACGUCGAGUCGGUCGACCCGCCCGACCAGUUUUACCAGUUCAGCGUCGCUCGUGGGGACGAGAGCGUUGGCGAGGUUGACCAGAUCGGAGACCAGCUAUUCACCAAGAAAAAGAAGAACUGGCUCAAAUCGAUGGUGGAUCGCAAACGGCGCAGCAAGAACCUCGAUUUGAACAUUUCGGGCACCAAGAUCCCGUCGAUGCCGAUGGUGAGUAGGUUUGAGCGACGUAACGACGAGUGGAGAGAGCGUCAGAAUAGCACGGUAGCACCGCCCCAAAUGCCGGAGCUUUUCGACAGACAGUCGCUGCCGUCCAACAGAAAGGUCGAGCGGGAGAUGCGCGAGAUACGUCGUUCGAAUGGUGACGAAGAACGGGUUUUCAGAGAGUCGUUCCUCGAAAGAUCAAAUAACGGGCCCACAGAGUGGUUCCAGAAAAUCAGCUCCAAAGUGAAAGCAGACAGGCCCAGGGCCCACCGACAACAGCCAACAGGCUCGAAGUUUGCAGGAACAGAUUUCGAUAAGAACCUCAGAGAUUAUAUGUGGUACAAUAACGGAGUCAAGUACCCGGACAGACAGAAAGGACUUCAAAACAGAGAACGAGUAGUCGAGAUGGUGGCUCCUGUUCAUCAACAACCAUCGCAACCGUCCAAACCGCAACUUCAAUCCACCAUCUUCAAAAUCCAUGAAUCCAUCCAAUCGUCGCUCCAGUUCAUCCCGGUUGUUGGCGUUCUGUUCCAACUGUUUGGAAUUCUCUACUCCAUGCCGUUGCUACCGCCAGAAAUCGUCGUUGUCAUGGAGAUCUUCGCGUACGCAUGGGUCAUUAGGUUCCUAUACGGUGUCUACGUUGGAUUGACGUCUCUACUCCAACCUCUAUGGAAUAUCACUAGGCUCGUCAAACUUCUCCUUGACACCCUCCAGGUCGAUCUCCACAGAAGACACAAUCUUCAGGGCCUUGUCCAAGUCGUCCUUGAAAGAGUGCUCGGCAGUGUACUCGUAGUCUGUGUUCCAGAAAUCAGUCAAGUUCUUGCCAGCUCCGUUGUAGAUCAAAAUGUUUGGAGUUCCGUCGUCUGGAAUGUCCGACAAAACAUUCUUGGUACCGUACUUGAUGAUGUUCUUCUUCAAUUGAGCAGGAGAGAUCGAAGCAGAUGCAAAUGCGGAGUCGUCGUCUGGUUGCAGACCAAGGAAGUAGGUCAACAAUCCAGCAACGUGUGGAGAAGCCAUAGAAGUUCCGGAAAGAGUGGCAGUGGCAGUCUCGGAGCCAAUGUAAGUGGACAGCACGUUCAAACCAGGACCAAAGAUGUCAACACACUUACCGUAGUUGGAGAAGUAUGCUCUGGAGUCAGAAAGCGUGGAAGCACCAACAGUGACAGCAGAUUCUGCGGCAGCUGGAGAGUAGUCGCAAGCGUCAGCAUUGUCGUUACCAGCAGCAACGGCAAAGUGGAGACCGGCCUUGACAGCAGCAUUGACGGCCAAGUCGAGAGCUGGCGACUUACCACCUCCAAGAGACAUGUUGGCGGUGGAACCCUUGAAACCAGCCUUCUUUUCCUUAGACUCAGCAAGGUGGGAGUUGGCGGCGAAUUCGACACCCUUGACGACAUCGGACAUAGAACCAGAACCGUUGGAUCUAAGGACCUUGACUGCAACCAAGUUGGCGUUCUUGGAAACACCGUAGUGCUCAGAACCAAUAGUACCUGCACAGUGGGUUCCGUGACCGUUUCCGUCCUCAUCGGCGUCACCAACUGGGAUAGUCUUACCCCAUUUUGCUCUGCCGCCAAACUCCUGGUGGUGGAUGUUGAUACCAGUAUCGAUAAUGUAGGAGGUGACACCAUCUCCGGCGAUAUCGUCAUAGAUGUAUUGGUUGAAGUUUCCGAGACUGAGGGAUUCUCUGUGGGAAAUUCUGGAAAGACCCCAUGGAGCACCCACCUGGGUCUCCUCCUUGGAUGCAAGAAGUCGCUAAUCUUGAACAUUUGGGUGAGGUUCAAUGACUCAUUGGUGAAGCCCAAUGUGGAAGCCUCUUCUGGGUUCGACUCGAAAGCCUGCAAAGCCUGUGCGUGGAUAUCUUGCAACCAGGACAUGUGGAAGUCCACAGAGUCUGAAGACACGCCAUUCUUGAACACGACAAUGUACGAGUUUGGCACGAUGUUCUGA